AUGGCCCAGAUGGGACUCUGUGCCUGGAACCCUGAACAAUGGCACGAGGACGGUGUGAGUCAAGAACCGAAGGCUUUAGAACCGAAAGCUUUAGAACCCAAGGCUUUAGAACUGAGUGUGUGUAUGUUUAGUAGUUGAGUGCAAUGUUCCCUCUAAGCUGCGUGGGGGCGUGCAGCUCCCCGAGACUGCCGCGCAGAAGAAAUAUCAGUCCGUGCAGAGAAGCAUGAGAUGGAACUUCCUUUAACAUUCUAGAGUUUUCCCUGUUAGUUAACACUAUCAACGUUUCCCUUUACUGUGGGAAUUGUGAUCGCAUCAACGCAAUAUUAGCCACUUUCAAUGCAACAUACCAAAACAAAACGAACUAUGCAAGAGUUAGUAUGCAAAACUAACUAUGCAAGAUUUUUUGUGUAGGCAGAGCGCAUCGGAGUAGGAUUCUAUUGCAUUGACAGGCAUGACUCAGCCCAUACUCUACACAGACCGGUGCACCAUAACCAAUCAGAGCAGCAGUAGGCCUAUAUGCAAAUAGACCAUUGCCAUAUAUGGAUUUCUGCCAUUCACUUUGAACUGGACUGUGUUUACAGCAUGAGCGGUCACGAUUAUUAUGCCCUUGUUUAGAGAUCAAAGCGAGAGCUGCAUGUAGCCACGUGUGCACAUUUGUUUAUAUUAUUUGCUUGUUAGUGAGUUAUUAGUCCAGUUAUAGCUCAUUUGUAGUCAGCAAUGUGGGAGUGAUUGCUUACAAACCACCAAAUGUGUACAUUUCAAGCCAGUGGUGGAAAAAUACCCAAUAGUUAUACUUGAGUAAAAGUAAAGAAACCUUCAUUUUCCUGUCCUGCUAAGCAUUCAAAAUGUAACGUGUACUUUUGGGUGUCAGGGAAAAUGAAUGGAGUAAAAAGUACAUUGUUUUCUUUAGGAAUGUAGUGAAGUAAAAGUAAUCCAAAAUAUAAAUAGUAAAAUAAAGUACAGAUACCCCCAGAAACUACUUAAGUAGUACUUUAAAGUAUUUUUACUUAAGUACUUUACCCCACUGUUUCUAGCCAUUUUUUGAAAGCAAGUCAGGUAAACAUAUUUUUUUAUGUCUUAAAGGGGCAGUGUUGUAUUUUUAGACAGGCUUGAAUAAACUAAGUAGCCAAUAGGCAGAGGGUAGCAUCAUUUGUCUGAUUCUCUGUAAUAAUCACUGCUCCAAAAAAUAAAAGGAACACUUAAACAACACAAUGUAACUCCAAGUCAAUCACACUUCUGUGAAAUCAAACUGUCCACUUAGGAAGCAACACUGAUUGACAAUACAUUUCACAUGCUGUUGUGCAAAUGGAAUAGAAAACAUGUGGAAAUUAUAGGCAAUUAGCAAGACACCCCCAAUAAAGGACUGGUUUGCAGGUGGUGACCACAGACCACUUCUCACUUCCUAUGCUUCCUGGCUGAUGUUUUGGUCACUUUUGAAUGCUGGCGGUGCUUUCACUCUAGUGGUAGCAUGAGACGGAGUCUACAACCCACACAAGUGGCUCAGGUAGUGCAGCUCAUCCAGGAUGGCACAUCAAUGCGAGAUGUGGCAAGAAGGUUUGCUGUGUCUGUCAGUGUAGUGUCCAGAGCAUGGAGGCGCUACCAGGAGACAGGCCAGUACAUCAGGAGACGUGGAGGAGGCCGUAGGAGGGCAACAACCCAGCAGCAGGACUGCUACCUUCGCCUUUGUGCAAGGAGGAGCAGGAGGAGCACUGCCAGAGCCCUGCAAAAUGACCUCCAGCAGGCCACAAAUGUGCAUGUGUCUGCUCAAACGGUCAGAAACAGACUCCAUGAGGGUGGUAUGAGGGCCCGACGUCCACAGGUGGGGGUUGUGCUUACAGCCCAACACCGUGCAGGACGUUUGGCAUUUGCCAGAGAACACCAAGAUUGGCAAAUUUGCCACUGGCGCCCUGUGCUCUUCACAGAUGAAAGCAGGUUCACACUGAGCACGUGACAAACGUGACAGAGUCUGGAGACGCCGUGGAGAACGUCCUGCUGCCUGCAACAUCCUCCAGCAUGACCGGUUUGGCGGUGGGUCAGUCAUGGUGUGGGGUGGCAUUUCUUUGGGGGGCCGCACAGCUCUCCAUGUGCUCGCCAGAGGUAGCCUGACUGCCAUUAGGUACCGAGAUGAGAUCCUCAGACCCCUUGUGAGACCAUAUGCUGGUGCGGUUGGCCCUGGGUUCCUCCUAAUGGAAGACAAUGCUAGACCUCAUGUGGCUGGAGUGUGUCAGCAGUUCCUGCAAGAGGAAGGCAUUGAUGCUAUGGACUGGCCCGCCUGUUCCCCAGACCUGAAUCCAAUUGAGCACAUCUGGGACAUCAUGUCUCGCUCCAUCCACCAACGCCACGUUGCACCACAGACUGUUCAGGAGUUGGUGGAUGCUUUAGUCCAGGUCUGGGAGGAGAUCCCUCAGGAGACCAUCCGCCACCUCAUCAGUAGCAUGCCCAGGCGUUGUAGGGAGGUCAUACAGGCACGUGGAGGCCACACACACUACUGAGCCUCAUUUUGACUUGUUUUAAGGACAUUACAUCAAAGUUGGAUCAGCCUGUAGUGUGGUUUUCCACUUUAAUUUUGAGGGUGACUCCAAAUCCAGACCAUCAUGGGUUGAUACAUUUGAUUUCCAUUGAUAAUUUUUGUGUGAUUUUGUUGUCAGCACAUUCAACUAUGUAAAGAAAAAAGUAUUUAAUAAGAUUAUUUCAUUCAUUCAGAUCUAGGAUGUGUUAUUUUAGUGUUCCCUUAAUUUUUUUGAGCAGUGUAUUUUGGAAAGUGGUUUCUUGCAUCAAACAACACAACAAAAUAUUCAGUCACCUCCCUGUCUCAAGGACAACUGGAUAAACAGGUUAAUGUCAAGCCCUGCAUGUUCUUUUCAAAAGUCUCAUGGAAUGUAAGCCUACAUUGAACACCACACAAUGGUUGCUACUAUAGGCUGAAUGAUACAACCGCUGUUUCCAUGUUAAAAUGUUAUGUGAUGUAUUUUCUCCAUUGUUUUUGAUGGUAGGCCACUCUGGUAUGCCUACAUUAUGAUCAAAUAGCCACAGUAGCCUACUUGACCACUAUUAAAACUGUAACUUAAAGCAGGUACAGCCUCAGUGUUCACAGUAAACGCGCGCCGGAAUUUGCACAACAUUUUCACAAUGUUCAAGUUAGCGCUCAGCAGACCUGAAAUGUGCUCAGUGCCUAAAUAAAUUAGAGGGAACAUUGGUUGAGUGUGUGUGUGUGUGUGUGUGUGUGUGUGUGUGUGUGUGUGUGUGUGUGUGUGUGUGUGUGUGUGUGUGUGUGUGUGUGUGUGUGUGUGUGUGUGUGUGUGUGUGUGUGUGUGUGUGUGUGUGUGUGUGUGUGUGUGUGUGUGUGUGUGUGUGUGUGUGUGUGUGUGUAUGUGUGUGUGUGUGUGAAUGAGUGUAUCUGAGGGGGAGUUUGCUUUAUCUGAUGAUCUGCUCUGAGGUUAUUGCUGAUUGGUCGAUUCGAUGACUGCUCUACUUUAAAUCAGUCCACCAGCCAAACACCCAGUUUACAGAUAGCAUCGACCUGUGUGUGUGUUUGUUUGUUAGUGAGUUAUUAGUCCAGUUAUAGCUCAUUUGUAGUCAGCAAUGUGGGAGUGAUUGCUUACAAGACCACCAAAUGUGUACAUUUCUAGCCAGUGGUGGAAAAAUACCCAAUAGUUAUACUUGAGUAAAAGUAAAGAAACCUUCAUUUUCCUGUCCUGCUAAGCAUUCAAAAUGUAACGUGUACUUUUGGGUGUCAGGGAAAAUGAAUGGAGUAAAAAGUACAUUGUUUUCUUUAGGAAUGUAGUGAAGUAAAAGUCAUCCAAAAUAUAAAUAGUAAAAUAAAGUACAGAUACCCCCAAAAACUACUUAAGUAGUACUUUAAAGUAUUUAUACUUAAGUACUUUACCCCACUGUUUCUAGCCAUUUUUUAAAAGCAAGUCAGGUAAACAUAUUUUUUUAUGUCUUAAAGGGGCAGUGUUGUAUUUUUAGACAGGCUUGAAUAAACUAAGUAGUCAAUAGGCAGAGGGUAGCAUCAUUUGUCUCAUUCUCUGUAAUAAUGAUAUGGGAGUAAUAAUGAAUUGUAUUUUGGAAAGUGGUUUCUUGCAUCAAACAACACAACAAAAUAUUCAGUCACCUCCUUGUCUCAAGGACAAGUGGAUAAACGGGUUAAUGUCAAGCCCUGCAUGUUCUUUUCAAAAGUCUCAUGGAAUGUAAGCCUACAUUGAACACCACACAUUGGUUGCUACUAUAGGCUGAAUGAUAGAACCGCUGUUUCCAUGUUAAAAUGUUAUGUGAUUUAUUUUCUCCAUUGUUUUUGGUGGUAGGCCACUCUGGUAUGCCUACAUUAUGAUCAAAUAGCCACAUUAGCCUACUUGGCCACUGUUAAAACUGUAACUUAAAGCAGGUACAGCCUCAGUGUUCACAGUAAACGCGCACAACAUUUUCACAAUGUUCAAGUUAGCGCUCAGCAGACCUGAAAUGUGCUCAGUGCCUAAAUAAAUUAGAGGGAACAUUGGUUGAGUGUGUGUGUGUGUGUGUGUGUGUGUGUGUGUGUGUGUGUGUGUGUGUGUGUGUGUGUGUGUGUGUGUGUGUGUGUGUGUGUGUGUGUGUGUGUGUGUGUGUGUGUGUGUGUGUGUGUGUGUGUGUGUGUGUGUGUGAAUGAGUGUAUCUGAGGGGAAGUUUGCUUUAUCUGAUGAUCUGCUCUGAGGUUAUUGCUGAUUGGUCGAUUCGAUGACUGCUCUACUUUAAAUCAGUCCACCAGCCAACCCACAGCCUGACUCAAACACCCAGUUUACAGAUAGCAUCGACCUAUGUGUGUGUUUGUGUGUAGCUGCGGUUAUGAGAGCAUGUGUCCAUGGUGUGUUGUCGUCGUAGCUAAGGAAUGCUUUCAUAGUUACAGUGGCUGCCAGGUUGCCAGUUUGGGGUCUGAAGAUGUGUUCAGCAUAGCCAAUCAGAUCUCACAACAACACCAAUAAAAACAGACUAACAGACAAUAUAGUCAGCUGUCUACCUCUUUCCCU